UCUUCCGCAUCGUCGAACGAAAAAUCUUUUAUAUAUAUAUUUGGAACAGGAGUUUCCUAUAUGUCUAAUUGUGACAUAAGGUCUGAUGUAUACAAUGGAAAUCUAUAUGUGGUCUUGACGUAAUUGUUUAUGGUACACGUUCCAUCAUUGUCUUCCUUUUAUGUGAUGAACGAUGACUCGUAUUUGGAUAGGAUCGUCUCACGGAUCGAUCGUUAUUUAACCUUAUGAGACAAUAUGAGGUCUAUCGCUUGACAGCCAGCAAUCUCGAUGUUUCUACCUUCAUUUGUCUUAUCAAUCAGUGAUCCUUGAAUGGGACUUUUUCUUCGUCAGUUAAAUAGUGUCACAAGGAUAUUUUAUUUUCAUAUACCAUCGUGGACCAUGAAGCAAGCCAUUUUGCUCUUCUUAUUAAUGAUAAUGCUGAAAUGUAUCGUCGAGGGAUGCGAACAGAAUAAAAUGCGUAAUUCAAACUCGAAGAGGGAUGUUAAAGAAGGGAUUAAAGUUAAUAUAACGUCUCUUCCUUAUACUUUAUAUCAUCGUGUGUCUAGUAAAGUUAACGUUAAAGAUAGUAUACGUGCAGAUAGACAUAUUACAAUUGUUGGUAUAGCAUUAAAGAGUCUAGAGAAUUUAGAAAAACGAAGAAGAGAUACCACAAGAUUAUAUGAAAGAAAGGAAAUUGAUAAGAUUAACUCUCAGAAAAGAAGAGAAAGUUUAGAAAAAGUAGAAAUAAAUAAACCAAACAAACAUUUUAAAAUCCGGAAUGGUAAUUUCAAUAAUACUGAAAGUAAAAGUAAAGCAAUUAACAGCUCAAACAGUUCUAGAUUGAAGAUAUUCUACGGAAAGGAAGUUAGAAAGAAAAACAUAAAUUCGUCAUCGAUUUAUCCGGACAGACAUCUCAUUCCUUCUAAUAUGAGGAAACAGGAACGUAAUUUCCGUUCUGAAAAGGCCAGAACUUCGUAUUCCUGUAGAUACCCAGAAAGGAAACUAACAAAGAAAAGAAGACAUAUCCGAAGCACUAAAGAUAUAAACAUUGAAAAAAACGGUCCUAGAGGUAAAGCAUUUAUUAUAUCAAGAAAAUUAUCAAAAGGUAAAGGUGUAGGAGAACCUACAGGAUAUUUUCAUAGAGGUAAAGAUGGAUUUACUAGUCACGAAUGGGUUGUAAAGAGUUCAUUUCGUGUAGUAGGUGAUAAGCAUUAUUUAGCAACCAAUUAUGGCAAGAAGAGAGGUUCUCCGAUAGGUUUUAAAAUAUUUGAAGGAGAAAAAACGUUAAAAAAUGUUAAAAAUAAAAACGGUAGACGUCUUAAUGUACAAGUAAAACCAAUUGCACCUCCUUUAUCUAUAAAAAAAGAUAAAUAUCCCUCAGUAAAUAACGAAGUCCUCUCUUGGUUGAGAAGUUUGCCAAUUCCUCAGGAAGAAGGAUCUACUGUCUCUGACUAUCAGCAAUUUAGAGAAUUUCCAAAGAUGAAUAUCCAAAAACAAAAUACAGGCUUAUAUUUUAGUGGAAAUUUUCCUGUAAUGUGUCAAAAUGGUUUUGGAAUUAUCAACUUUUAACAUUAAUUUUCUGUAAUAAAUAAAUAGAGAAGAAAAAAAUAAUAAAUU